GGAAGCGAAGCAAGCUGGCUCACGAGGGCGGGCGGGGCGUCAAGGCGUGAACGCCGAACAAGCCCUCUGCACUGUUGAUUGAUGCAUUAGGACGCCCAGCACAGGAUCAUGCAGGGGAUGGACGAAGGGGCGUGGGAGAGGGCCGUGGAGCAAGCGCGCCAAGGUGAGCCCGCAUCUCAGGUGGAGGCGCUCACGCUCGACGGCGUCGUCAAGUGCGCGCAGGGCAAGUUGCUCAAGUCCAAGGUCUUCGCCUCCUUCUCGCAGCUGAAGCGCCUGUCGAUCGCCAACGUCGGGCUUUCGUCGCUGGCUGAUUUCCCGUCGCUGCCGCACUUGGAGCGGUUGAUUUUGAGCGACAAUCGAAUCGCCUCGGGGUUGGAGCAUUUGGUGUACGCUGGGCUGAAGUCGCUGCGCGAGUUGGAUUUGUCCAACAAUAAAAUUCAAGCCGUGGAGGACCUGAAGCCGCUGGCUGAGUUGAAGCUAGAGUCCUUGGACCUGUACGAGUGUCCCGUGACGCGCAGCAUCAACUAUAGGGCUAAGGUGUUUAGUAUGAUGCAGUCGUUACGGUUCCUCGACAAGACCGACGUGAACGGGAAUGAGCGGCCCGAGUCGGACGAGGAAGAGGAGGAGAGCGAGGAGGAGGAGGACGUUGAUGACCUCAAUGGCGAUGGGCUGGAGGCAGAGGGCGAGGAGGAGGAGGAGGAGGGUGUAGAGGGGGACUCGAAGGGUGCGGCCGUGCACGAGGAGGACGACGAGGAGGGGGAGGAGGACGAGGAGCGAGACGACGAGGGUGAGGACAAUGAGGAGCUGGAGGACGAAGAGGAGGACGAGGGCGGGAGUUACCAAGAAGAGGUGUUGGUGGCGGCGAGCCGUGGCUCGGCGGUGCAGGGGCAAGUAAACAACGAACACGGCAGCGACGAGGAGGAGGUUGAGGACGAAGAGGACGACAAUGUGGAGGUGCAAGACAUCGAGGAGGAGAGCGAGGAGGAGGAGGAGGUUGGAGAAGAGGAUGAUGAGGACGCAGUGGUGGACGAAGAGGAGGAGGACGACGAAGAGGAGCCAGCGAGCGGCGCGCUGGUGAGCACAGAGGGUGAGCUGGACGUCCAAGAGAACGAGGAGGACGAUAACGGGGAGUUGGGGGAGGACGAAGACGAGGAGGAGGUGGAGGACGCGGUGGACAACGAGGAGGGCGAGGAGGAGGUGGAAGAAGAGGAUGACGAGGAGGAGGAAUACGGAACGAAGUACCUGGUGCAACCCAUCAUCGGGCAGCCCGAGGAAGACGAAGGAGCCAGCGACUUCGAGCCUGGCGAGGAUGACGAGGAGGACGACGAGGACUUUGAGGACGAAGAAGACGACGUGGUGGAGGUGGCACGGGAACCGGAGGCGAUAAGGCAAGGAGGGCGGAAGAGGACGAGGGACGAAGCCGGCGAGAGCGAGCAACGGCCUGCAAAGCACUGAUCGAGUCUUUUUGCGGAGAGACGAGAUAGUUGCCAGUUUUCUUGCCCCGGUGUUUUGCCCGCAGCACUGAUCGAGGCUAGUACCAAGGUGUUCGGUGUUUGGUGGUCGGACCACCGAUACGUUCGAUGAGCCGCGCAAGGAGACGAGAAGUUUUCUUUUCUUUUCUUUUCUUUUUUUUUUUUUCUUUUUUUUUUGCCUCGCGGGACGAGGCAGAGUCUCGAGCGGGGUUUGGGACUGACGGGCAGGAGAGUAGGUCAGGUGGCAGGGAGCUCCCCAUAACCAAUUCUUUGUAACAAAUGUACAAGUAGCACGAUAGGGACAUGGAUCUUGGGGUUGCAGUUAAGAAAGGGGUUGCGAGUUAUAUCGGACGGGCGAGUCUGCCAGCCUCGCAAGCUGCCGCGCUUUGAAAGCGGACGGCGUCCGGUUCGAGGAUGGCAAGGGGCGAGCAACCCCCGGUUUGUAGGUAGAAUUUUGAGAUAGCUGAUACAAAUUCGAGCCGAUUCUGAGAUGAGGACUUUUGAAAGUUUGCAGCCUCCUUGUAUGUUUCCGCAUGGGGCGGAUGUAUUCACCUCGUAUCUGCCUGGGUUGUGCAGCUUCUUUCGUCAAUACGUUGUCCCUGUUAAGGUGUUUAUGGUAGGCAUUUGUUGGAUAAGUGUUCUUUAAAUAAAGCCGUGUUGGGACA